CCUCAACCUUAAAUUCAACUUUCUUCUCCACCGCUCCGCGCCUCCGCCUUCCGCCACCUCUUCCUGCUCUUCGCCCAUAAUUUUCAUCCCCAGAUGUCUUUUGGUUCCUUCAGGAUACAUCUGUCUUUUCUCUGGUGUGCUUUCUUUUUCAUUCAUCGCGGAAGGUUGUGGUGUGCUCGGAAGACAUUGUUUCGGCAUUGGACUUGAUAUUAGCUGAUUGGAUUAUGAAAGAGUGAUAAGAGGAGUUUGAGACUGGUGUGUGUACAGAAUGUUCCUUUUAUUUUGCCAAGUGUGCUCUGCCAUUUUUGUUACAAAGUAGACGUGUCGUUAAACCCUAAAAACCACAGCCUUUGAUUUGUAUUGUGUGUGUGAGAAUUCUAGAUUUGGAAGAAGAUUCUCUUUGUUUGUUUAGCCUAGUUUUCUGUUCUCGCCAUUCUACAUGGGAAAGACAUUACUUCCUCCGGGCUUCCGCUUUCAUCCAACUGAUGUUGAACUGGUCUUGUACUAUCUCAAGAGGAAGAUCAUGAGAAAGAAAUUUCAUUUUGAUGCUAUUUUAGAGCUCAACAUUUACAAAUUCUCCCCAUGGGACCUUCCAGACAAAUCUUGUUUGAAAAGCAAAGACCUUGAGUGGUAUUUUUUUGUUCCGAGAGAGAGGAAGUAUACCUGUGGAGCUAGAAUGAAUCGAGCUGCGGAAAGGGGAUUUUGGAAAACAACUGGAAGGGAUAGGCCUGUUAUUCACGAUGAACAGACCAUUGGAAUGGUUAAAACCUUGGUUUUCCAUGAAGGCCAUCCACCAAAAGGGAAAAGAACUGAUUGGGUUAUACAUGAGUACAGGAUUGUGGACUUGCAUACCAAAGAAGGAACUCUUCAGGAUUCAUAUGUUCUAUGUAAAGUAUUCCAGAAGAGUGGACCAGGCCCAAGAAAUGGUGCACAAUAUGGUGCACCAUUCAAGGAGGAAGACUGGGAAAAUGAUGUUGAGUUUGGUGUUCACCCAUUUCCAUCUGAUAUGCUUUCUCCACUUUCAGAGCCUACUAACCAGGCUUGCUCAGUUGUGACUGGUGUGGUUGACCCAGGGUGUACAUCUGGUCAGCCCUUAUCUGAACCAAGUCCAACCUUUUGUAGUCUUGUUACUGAUGAGCUGCCAACUAAGAACCAAACCUGUUCUGUUUUCACGAGUGGUAUGCCGGGAAGCACAUCCAUUCAGUCUUUGGUAGAACCAAACCUAUCUUUAAGCCGUCCUUGUUCUAGUGUGCUUCCACCCGAUGCGGAUGAUCUCUGUUGUUUUUUUGCCUCAUUUCCAGAGAAUACUGACUUACUUCCAGAUCAGAAUGUUCAGAACCCAGGACUGGAUGUUGAAAUGAUGCCGCUGCGUGUGGAUGAAAAUGACAUAUUCAGUGAACUUUGUAAUCUUGAUAGCUUUGCAGAUCUGAACGGAGGCAGAUCUAAUUUCCAUGGAAGUCCACCUGCUCUUGUUUCCCCCCGGGAGGAUGCUUCCUUUUUCGAGCUUGAUGAUCUUGCUGUUCCAGUGCAUCACACGACUCAAGUUGCUGAAGCUCAUCAAACGUUAGUGGGAGAGACGUUUUGUUCACAGAAUAGCUCUUUCCCUGAUGUGCAAUAUUUUAAUGAUGGAGGCAUUGUUCCGGUUAAUCAGUUCAUUUCAACCGAAAGUCAGCUGCAGCGGUGGCUACUUGAACAACACAUCCAGCAAGUGUUUUCCUCAACACACUCUCUAAUAUGGUUUCACGUUUGUAUUUUUGGAGGGGGGACACAAUGCGUUGUAGAAAUCUGGGUUUGAUGCCCUUAAUUAAUCUAGAUGGAGGUGAGAUAGAAAUCCUUCUGCUCCUGAAUGUUGAGUGGGGCACGCAUGUGUGUCAUAUUUUGCUAGUCUUCUUUAUUCCAUUGGACAGUAAUCUAAUAUUACGCCAAACCAUUUUUGUUCUAAUGCAUCUGUUAAGUUUUUCCUAUUUAGGUUGCCUCAUUAUAUUUCUCAACCUUUUCACUUCAGUUUAUUUUUAAAGGUGCUUUAUUGACUUUUUUUUUGCCCACCCCCCACCCAAUGAAGUUUUAAUUCAAGU